AUGGCAUCCCUGGAAGAGCUCGACGACCUGAAGGAGGGUGAGGAGGAGCAGAGCCUGCUCGACCCGGAGAUCCUCAACUCCAGCACGCGAGACAUCAUCGCAAGGCGGCGGCUGCUUGAGAACGAUAUGCGGAUCAUGAAGAGCGAGCACCAGCGGUUAACGCAUGAGAAAGCCGCCAUGCAUGAGAAGAUCAAGGACAAUCAGGACAAGAUAGAGAACAACAGACAACUGCCGUACCUUGUGGGUAAUGUCGUUGAAAUCCUUGACCUAGACGUCACGGCCGAAGCAGCAGAAGAGGGUGCAAACAUCGACCUCGACGCUACCCGAGUAGGCAAAUCCGCCGUCAUUAAGACAUCCACCCGACAGACCAUCUUCUUGCCUCUGAUAGGCCUGGUCGACCACGAGAAGCUGAAGCCAGGCGAUCUCAUCGGCGUUAACAAGGACUCCUACCUAGUCCUCGACACUCUUCCCGCUGAGUACGACAGCAGAGUGAAGGCGAUGGAGGUAGACGAGAAGCCGACGGAGAAGUACUCAGAUGUCGGAGGCCUGGACAAACAGAUAGAGGAGCUCGUAGAGGCUGUGGUGUGGCCGAUGAAAGAGGCUGAUCGGUUCAAGAAGAUCGGCAUCAAGGCUCCCAAAGGCGCCCUAAUGUACGGUCCUCCAGGUACCGGCAAGACCCUCCUCGCGCGAGCCUGCGCCGCCCAGACCGACGCCACGUUCCUCAAGCUCGCCGGCCCACAACUCGUACAGAUGUUCAUAGGUGAUGGUGCAAAGCUCGUCCGCGACUGCUUCGCCCUAGCCAAGGAGAAGGCUCCCUCAAUCAUCUUCAUCGAUGAGUUGGACGCUAUUGGAACAAAGCGCUUCGACUCCGAGAAGUCCGGCGACCGAGAAGUGCAACGGACAAUGUUGGAGCUCCUCAACCAGCUUGACGGCUUUGCCUCCGAUGAUCGGGUCAAGGUACUUGCCGCCACCAACCGCGUUGACGUGUUGGAUCCCGCUCUCCUCCGUUCCGGCCGUCUAGAUAGGAAAAUCGAGUUCCCGUUACCCAACGAGGAAGCUAGAGCACAGAUCCUACGGAUACACAGCAGGAAGAUGACGGUGGAUGAGGCUGUCAACUGGCCUGAGUUAGCAAGAAGCACAGAUGAGUUUGGCGGAGCACAGCUGAAGGCUGUGUGCGUAGAGGCAGGCAUGAUAGCGCUGAGGGCAGGGCAGUCGAAGAUCAGUCACGAGCACUAUGUGGACGCUAUUGCGGAAGUACAAGCUAAGAAGACUUCCGUGGUCAAUUUCAUUGCUUGA